CCGAGUGUUGAUUCCGAACCGAGCGCAUCUUCAGCUCCAACCCUUUUACGGGUAGAAUUUCCAUUACUUGAAGUCUUUUUCAAUACUGUCGUCCCUGCUAUGCAUUUCCAGUCGGUGGGAAACACUGAAUAACGAUUUUACGCCUACUGGCACAUUGCAGGUUACUUUGUUGCCUUGCCAACUACGCGUUCCGGACAUAAUUAAUAUUUGGUAGUAACAAGUCACCAGAUGUUUUGGCAUACAUCGCCCACAGUUCAACUGGGUCGGGGAAUCUGUGCUCCACCAAAUUAAACAAUGUCUCUAUGGAUUGGAAUACAUGUCAUCUAUUUUCUCUUCUCCACAAAAACAUCUUGCGCUUUGGUGAGAAAAAAAGCUGUCGUAGGUUUUACCACCAUUUCCAUAUGGAAGAAAUAAAUAAGUGAUUACAUAUCUACACCAAGAGGAAUGAGUCGCCUUUUUACAAACAUCUUUACGGCCUUAAUUGCAUCUUUAAUUGGGACGGUCAACUACAGGAUGACAGAUGCAAAGGAGUAUGACUCCAGAUCCUCAGGAAGAGGCUCAACUAAGCUGAUGUCCCCAUCUGACUUCUUGGAUAAACUGAUGGGCAGAACAUCAGGUUAUGAUGCUAGGAUCAGACCCAAUUUUAAAGGUCCCCCAGUAAAUGUUACCUGCAACAUAUUUAUCAACAGCUUUGGCUCAAUAGCUGAAACCACAAUGGACUACAGAGUAAACAUCUUCUUGCGUCAGAAUUGGAAUGACCCACGGCUCGCCUACAGCGAGUUUCCAGACUCCUCCCUGGACCUAGACCCUUCCAUGUUGGACUCGAUUUGGAAGCCUGAUCUAUUCUUUGCCAAUGAGAAGGGUGCGAAUUUCCAUGAUGUUACCACUGACAACAAACUUCUGAGAAUCUUCAAAGAUGGAACGGUCCUUUACAGUAUCAGGCUGACUUUAAUCCUGUCUUGUCCAAUGGAUUUGAAAAACUUCCCUAUGGAUGUGCAGACAUGCACCAUGCAGCUGGAAAGCUUUGGCUACACCAUGAACGACUUGAUAUUUGAAUGGAAGGAUGAUAGUCCUGUGCAGGUUGCAGAUGGUCUGACCCUACCACAGUUCAUCUUAAAAGAUGAAAAAGAACUGGGAUACUGCACCAAACAUUACAACACAGGUAAAUUCACCUGCAUUGAGGUGAACUUCCAUCUGGAGAGACAGAUGGGCUACUACCUGAUCCAGAUGUACAUUCCCAGUCUUCUCAUCGUCAUCCUGUCCUGGGUGUCCUUCUGGAUCAACAUGGACGCCGCACCUGCCAGAGUGGCACUGGGCAUCACCACAGUGCUCACCAUGACAACACAGAGUUCAGGCUCGCGCGCAUCUCUGCCAAAAGUCUCCUAUGUGAAGGCCAUAGAUAUCUGGAUGGCGGUGUGCCUCUUGUUCGUAUUUGCUGCCCUGCUGGAGUAUGCAGGAGUAAACUUUGUCUCCCGGCAACAGAAGGAGUUUCUGCGCUUAAAGCGAAGACAGAGAAGAAACAAGGAUGACGAGGGUCGUUUGAACUUUUCGGGCUACACCAUGGGCCCCUGUCUGCAGAUGAAGGAUGGUAACGCCAUCAAAAGUGCGACGCCGAAUGCAGUGCAGGUGGGCCCCACACAGCGGGAGACGGAUAUCAUAAAGAAGAAGUUUGUGGACAGGGCCAAGAGGAUUGACACGGUGUCUCGAGCUGCCUUUCCCCUCGCCUUCCUCAUUUUCAACAUCUUUUACUGGAUUACGUACAAAAUCAUCAGACAUGAGGACGUCCACAAAAAGUAGCGCUACCAACCAAGGGGAUCUGCCAAAAAAGGUAGCGGCUAUUGGUUGUCAGUUUCUCUAGGGGGAGGAUCGUGUCUGGGACAGGUCGCCAGUGGACCUCUACAUAGAGGGGAGCAGUGAUGUGAAAUUUGUUUUCUCUCUGGGAUAACAAAUCUGGGUUUAGCUUUCUGAAGAAAUGGACAGAGUCCCACACAGUGCAGUGUUUCUGAUGAGAUGUGAUAAGCGUUCAGGAGCCAUGGUCUCCAGGAUGGUUAAACUGUUUCAACUACUGAUGGGCCAAAUGUUGUGUGAGAUCACCACCAUUGUAUUAUUAUUGCAUUGAAAUGACCAACAUUCCGAGAGUUUGUAUGAGCAAAACCUAAGAUCAGGAAGGUUUGCUUUUUAACGUGAGGUUUCCUAUAGUGGAUGACUACACCGUUUUCUACAGCUGCACAACAACUGUUUUUACAGACUGAUCAGUAAGGCCUAAUUUGUCCAUUCACAAUAGUGAAAUACUGCUGUCAUUUCUAUUAGAAACCUAAAGCCUUAGAUAUUAUAACGCAAGAUCAAACUGUAUGCUUCCUUCCUGAUUUUGUCUUACAGAAUGUAUUUAUUUUUUAAAUGUAUUUAUUAUUAUUUAAUAUAUGUAUUUAUUUACUAUUUGUCUAUUUAUUUAUGUGCUCAUUCAUUCAUUCAUUCAUUUAUGCACUUUCUUUAAGUUGCACUGUUUGAGCACAAUUUCGUGUAAUAGUAAACAAAGCUUCCAAUAUCUCUGGGUUGUAUGAAUGUUGACGUUCAACAGAGUGUGAGAUGUGAAUCUAUGAUAAAAUCACACUAAAGGCUUCUGUUUCACUGAUUCUUUUCUAUCCACGAAAGUAAACUAGCCACUUGUUUUGUCUGCUUUUUGGCAUGUGCUGAAAUGCUACCAUAUACGUAAACACCAAGUCAAUUAGAAUAUUCACAAACCUGUCAGCGGCAUUGGACAGUUGUACAACAACACCACAGAACAAUUUUAUAAAAAGGAUAUCGCUCUGAAAGAAAUAAGCAAGAAUAACAUCACACUAUACAGUAAUAGUAUUGUCACCACCUUUAAGGGACGAAACUAAAAAGGCUUGAUCAGGAGAUUGGAUUGUUACAGAGAUCGUCACAGCAUGUAUGGUUCACAGAGGUACUUUCCAUUUCAAAGUUGAAUCAUUUUACUUUUGAAAUUAUAUUGAUAGUAAUGUUGAGUAUGUGCAUAGCAACUAUUUAAGUGUCUCUGAGAAGGCAACCUGCAGAGGACGAGUUAAAGAAAACCUGAGGUAUCUCAAUAAAUUGAGUUAAUAAUCCAGGAAUAAAUGUAUGUUAAUAAACUCUCAGACAAAUAAGUUUAAUGACCUGCGAUUUCAGAUGCUUAAUUUUGCUACAGAUAUUCAAGAAUUGGUAAAGAAUCCUUGUGUUCAAACACAGCCAUCAGCACCACGAUCUGACUGGCUGGAAAGAAAGUGAGAGAUGGUCAAACUGCCUGCUGUCUGAUCCUCUUACCUGGCCAAUGAAUCUCGCCUCGCUGGCGUAUGGGGCUGCUGGGGGUCAGCACAAGUGACAUGGACGUGAGGCGACAUGGAGAGAAGGCUAAUAUUGGAUAAUGGGCUUCACAGCUGGCCACAGUGAUCCAGCAGCAGGGAGCAUUUACCUGCAUGGACACCACCUGAAUGGAAAAUGCCAGAAUGGCUUCAGCGAGACGAGACAGCGAUUCUGUCAGACACACACAGAACAAGAUAACUGGUAACUCCUCCAAAGUGGGCCCCUGCAGUAAUUACACAUCAGUGGCCUCUUUGGGUUUUCUCUUUUUUUUUAACCUUCUCUCGUAGGCUACUGCUUUUUUCUGUUUAAAGUUCUAUUCCAGAUACCUCAUUCUACUUGUAUAAGGCUACACCAAGCAAACUAAAUCCAAAUGAUGUUUACUCACUCUAAUGUAGACCAAAAUGUGUUGUAUUUUUCCCUCUUAUGCCGUAUAG